GACCAUAUAUGGUUCGUCUGGCGGUUUAGUGAGCGGCUACAUCCACCCGGCAAAAGGUGGACACGAGACGUCAGUGUGCUCACGACAUACGAGGUACGGAGAUAUUAGCCUUGGAUAACCAUGCCGUCAGACUUGGCUAAAAAGAAAGCAGCCAAGAAGAAGGAGGCAGCCAAAGCCCGUCAGCGCCCCAAGAAGUCUGAGGAAGUGAAUGAGGACGGAGAACAACCGGAGAUCCAAGAAAAUGGAGCAGACAGCAACGGUGUCGGCAGCUUAACUAAGGAGCUGGACGAGUUCGAGCUGCGCAAGACGGAGGCUCGGGCCGUGACUGGCGUUCUCGCUUCCCACCCCAACAGCACAGAUGUCCACAUCAGCAGCCUGUCGCUCACCUUCCACGGCCAAGAGCUGCUGGCAGACACCAGUUUGGAGCUCAACUCGGGCCGACGCUAUGGCCUCAUCGGGCUUAACGGCACUGGAAAGUCCAUGCUACUGUCGGCCAUCGGUCACCGUGAGAUUCCCAUUCCAGAACACAUAGAUAUUUACCACCUGACCCGGGAGAUGGCGCCGAGCGACAAGACUGCACUGCAGUGUGUCAUGGAGGUGGACGAGCAGAGGAUCAUGCUGGAGAAGGAGGCGGAGAGACUCGCUCAUGAAGACUCGGAGUGUGAGAAGCUGAUGGAGCUGUACGAGCGUCUGGAGGAGCUGGACGCCGACAAGGCGGAGAUGCGAGCCUCUCGGAUCCUCCACGGUCUCGGCUUCAGCGCCACCAUGCAGCAGAAGAAGCUGAAGGACUUCAGUGGAGGCUGGAGGAUGCGUGUUGCUCUAGCCAGAGCUCUGUUCAUCAAACCCUUCAUGUUGUUGCUGGAUGAACCGACGAACCACCUGGACCUGGACGCUUGUGUGUGGCUGGAAGAGGAGCUCAAAUCGUUUAAGAGAAUCCUUGUUCUCAUCUCACACUCCCAAGACUUCCUGAACGGUGUGUGUACCAACAUCAUCCACCUCCAUCAGAGAAAACUAAAGUAUUACACGGGUAACUAUGACCAGUAUGUGAAGACCAGAGCAGAGCUGGAAGAGAACCAGAUGAAGCGUUUCAAUUGGGAGCAGGACCAGAUUGCACACAUGAAGAAUUACAUUGCCAGGUUCGGCCACGGCUCCGCUAAGUUGGCACGACAAGCACAGAGCAAAGAGAAGACGCUGCAGAAGAUGGUGGCAUCAGGCUUGACUGAAAGAGUUGUGAAUGACAAGACGCUGUCAUUUUAUUUUCCUCCCUGUGGGAAGAUUCCUCCUCCUGUUAUCAUGGUUCAGAACGUGAGCUUCAAGUACAGUGACAACACACCGCACAUUUAUAAAAACCUGGAGUUUGGUAUCGACUUGGAUACCCGGGUGGCUCUGGUGGGACCCAAUGGAGCUGGGAAAUCCACGCUGCUGAAGCUGCUCAUGGGAGAGCUCCUCCCUACAGAUGGCAUGAUCCGCAAACAUUCACACGUGAAGAUCGGCAGAUAUCACCAGCACCUGACGGAGCAGCUGGAGCUUGACCUUUCUCCUUUGGAGUACAUGAUGAAGUGUUUCCCUGAAAUCAAGGAGAAGGAGGAGAUGAGGAAGAUCAUCGGUCGCUACGGCCUCACAGGAAAACAGCAGGUGAGUCCGAUCAGGAACUUGUCAGACGGUCAGAAGUGCAGAGUUUGUUUUGCCUGGCUGGCCUGGCAGAACCCCCACAUGCUGUUCCUGGACGAGCCGACCAAUCACUUGGACAUUGAGACGAUCGACGCGCUGGCAGAAGCAAUCAACGAAUUCGAGGGAGGCAUGAUGCUAGUUAGUCACGACUUCAGGCUAAUUCAACAGGUGGCUCAAGAAAUCUGGGUGUGUGAGAAUCAAACCAUCACAAAGUGGAAGAGCGGCAUCUUGGGAUACAAGGAGCAUUUGAAGUCAAAGAUAGAGAAGCAGUGAAGGCAGGUGACCUGACAAACCUGGUCGCUCGUUUGACAUCAUGGACCUGCGAGUUUCUGAACGGAGGAGCAGGAAACGUCCUACUGAACAGAACCAAUCUAUUAUGCAUCUUAUCGGACUCUCUCUCAUACACCUAGUACCGUUUCCUCACGGUUUGACUGCAGUCCAAGCCCCGCCCCUCAACCUCAGGCUGCGCUCUGAUUGGCUGAUUCACCUGGAAUGCAUUCCAUUGUGUUUGUCUUCAAAGAAGUCUUUUUGUUCCUUCUUAAAACUUCUGUUUUACCCCAACAAGAAGUAAGCAGCAGCUUUUAGGUCAUUUUAUCAUAUUUAAAAGGUGACUUCUUUUUUUUUUUCUUUUUUUUUUCUUUCCCCUCCAUUGUAAGAGCAGUUCUGCCUUAUUUGACAGUAAUGCAAUAAAGGUUUGUCUCAAUAAACAGAACGGUAAAAACGGC